AUGGAUGGACUGGUGAGGUUUAACGAGGACCGCGCAGCAGCUGCUGCACCUCCACCUGCAGCUGAGGAUCAUCUGCGGCCUCUGCACUCCUACAGUGACCACCUCAAGCACGCCCUUAACCAGAAGAGCCAGAGGGUGCUUGGUCAUCAUCUGGUUAAAGAUUUCACCAAGCCUGCUGCGUACACAGGUGAACAGUCACAAACAGGUAGCGUGCUUGAGGGUGUCAGCGGGGACCCUGACGCUCCGGACGAGGCUGCUGCUGUCAUCGCUCUUCAGGAUGAGGGCAUCGAGGAGGAUGAAGACCCCACCAUCUCCGGGCCCGUCCUCCUCUCCUCUGACGCAGCAGCCUGGUCAGGUGACCCAGCUGACACAGACAGGUCUGCGCCCCUGAAGAGGAUGUCCGUCCCGGAAGAGGUCCAGGGUCCUGAUGGUCAGCCAGGAUAUCAACACGUCCUGAGGCUGACCAAGGCCCUGGUGGAGAUCAGGAGUCUGCCUGCAAUCUCCAACAGCAGGGUAGACCUAAUUGUUGCGCUCUGGGAACGCCUCCCAGAGUCUGACAAGCAGCGGGUCGUCUACCCUGCCAGGCACCGGGACAGACAGCCCAAAGGGCGUUUCAAGGCCGCGAAGGGGAAGAGCACUUCCUGUCCGGGGAAGGAGUCUCUCCAACGCGGCCUUUUGGGGUUGAACGCCAGCCCUGCAAACUGGCCUGAUGCCAGCCGCCUGGUGGAGGCUAUUUGCAGCCAGCUCUGCCGGCUUCACCCCUCAGCCACAAGAACCAGAGGGGUUCUGAAGACCCGUUGGUCCCUGGUCUUGGGGGACUACGUGGCCAUCAGGGAGGCGGUCCUCGGGAGCCCCAGGCUGAUGGCUCAGACCGGUCUCCAGCUGUUUCAGCUGAACCAGAGGACCCCGUCACAGUGGUUCUCUACCAGGCAGAAAAAGUGGGAGAAGGCUGUGCUGGAGCAGCAGGAAGUUGGACUCCUUCCUGCUGCUCCAGCUGUCUCCCUGCAGCUUCUCCCUGAAGCUAAACGGCUGUCCUCGAUUCAGGUGGGACAGGGACAGCCCUUCGACUACGGGACGCCAGAGGAGAAGCUCCCUCUCCCACUAUUGAGACCUGCCCCUCCAGCUCCACCGCCACCGCCUCCUCUGCCUCCUCCACCACCACCGCCUCCUCUGCCUCCUCCUGGUGAGCGUGUGCCGAGGACGACCGCCUUCAGGAGGAGGAAAGCAGCAGAAGCAGCAGCUGCUGCACAGGAGGGCCAUCCUGCAGGGACAAAAGUCCGCCGGCAGACUGUGCAGUACACCUGCACAAAGUGUGGCCAGCCAAAAAGGCUGGACACUGGCCACACCAGGAUUGACGGUGUGUCGUACUGUGCAGCUGUCGGCGGGAAAACUGUACAGGAGUGGACAGAGGAAAUGAAAAAAAAAAUAAAAAUAAACACUUUUAUGAACAUUUUUUUAUUAUUGUUUUGUUCAAAAUAAAAUAUUUUCUUGAAAAGAUUGUGUUCUUGUAUUUUAAAUUUGCCCUGAUAUGAGUAGAAAUGAGUUACUAUGAAUUAACUGAAACAUUCUAAAGAACUAGAUGUGAAGAAGCACUCAACAGAACUCACUCUAACUUUAUAAAGUAAUUAAAAUUAAGACUUUGCCAUAAGUCCAAACAUAUAAGCUGUACGUUACAAGCUAAAACACACUUGGAUGUUUCAGAAGCAAAGACAGAAAAAAGGCAGUGAUGAAAACAGCAAAAAGGGUCUUCAUGAUGACUGGCAGCUCCGCACAUCUCUCAAAACAUAUACUCUAAGCUUGUCCUAGGCAUGUUACAUUCAGCGUGGGGUCAUCUGCCACGCUAAACUUUUUUCCAGGAUUGAUCCUUUUCUUGGGCGUCCGUGGCAGAUAUAAAAUCUGUUCCAUCUUUGUCCACCUUCAUCAUAGGAGGGAUCCAACAUCAGUGUAAGGGUGGGCUCAUCUGGACUCCAUGCGAGAGCAGGGGGUUCAAAAAGCUUCAGGUUGUGGAUUCAAUCUGAAAAACAAGAACAAAACAACACAAACUGUUUACACAGUGUUCACAACACUUAAGAGUGUCUGUCUUCAGUCAUUCAAAACAUCUAAAUCGGACAUUUUUUCCCAUAUGAUGCUUUUAAAGUGCAAACAAUGUGAUGCACCUUUAAUUCACUUUGUAUUAGAAGUAUUAUCAUUUUAUUGUACCCUUGACACACUUUAAAAACCUUU